AAUUAUACUUCCAUCAAUUUCGAAUAUCCUUCCGCUCGUCGCCUCGCCCACCAAUUCUCCCCUUUGCUUCUUUGCCUUUUGCAAUUCGAUUCGAUUUUAGGGUUUCUUGUGGAAGGGAGAUGGACAAUUCCAAUGCCAAGCCCGCCGACAACGCCGCCGCCGACGCGGCCAACGGAGACCAAAACCCUAGUAUUAACAACAACAAUAAUAAUCUACAGAAUGGAGGAGGAGGGGAUGGUGGCGCGAAUCGCCGGCGGAGAACCCCCUUUACGGACCUCAGUCAAGAGGAUGCGGAUCUUGCCCUUGCCCGUACUCUCCAAGAACAGGAAAGAGCUUAUAUGAUGUUGAGAAUGGAUGCUAGCUUCGGCAGUGAUUAUGGAAGUUGGGAAGCUGAGAGUUAUGGGCAUGAAGAUGAGAUCUAUGAUGAUGAUUACGAUGAUGCAAGUGAAGAGGAUUAUGAAGGUUCUGAUGUUGAGGUGGACGAAGAGGAUGCAUUCGAUGUGCAUGCCCAUGCGAAUGAAAAUGAUAAUCAAAUUCCUGAAUUGGAUCCCUCUGCUUUCUCGAGCGACGAGGCCUAUGCCAGAGCCUUACAGGAUGCUGAAGAGCGAGAUAUGGCGGCUAGGCUGUUAGCCCUAGCUGGGAUAAAUGGAACGGUUGUUGGGGAAGAUGUAGAUGAAGAUGAGGAUGACGAAGAUGAAGACGAAGAUGCAGAAGACCAUGAUGGUAACUCUCAGGAUGCUUGGGAAGAAGUUGAUCCCGAUGAACUCUCAUAUGAGGAGCUAAUCGCACUAGGUGAUGUUGUCGGCACAGAGAGCAGGGGACUUUCUGCCGAGACAAUUGCUUCCUUGCCUUCAGUGAACUAUAAAUCUCAAGGCACUCAGGAAGGAAGCAGUGAUUCCUGUGUCAUAUGUAGGUUGGACUAUGAAGACGGAGACACCUUGACUGUUCUGUCUUGCAAGCAUACAUACCAUCCAGAAUGCAUCAACAAUUGGUUACAAAUAAACAAGGUUUGCCCUGUAUGCAGUGCUGAAGUCUCGGCCUCUGGGAAAAGUUAGUAGCAAAAUCGAAAAGUGAUAUUUGGUGCAAGAUGGGGAGAAACAACCAUGGAUAGAGGUAGGAUACUAUUACUAUUACAUUACUCACUCAUCUCACCAAAAACCUAUAGAAUGUAUUCUUAUUAUUAAACUACCUGUUCUUUCAUGGUUCUUCUGUCUGGAAUUUGUUCAUGUGCGCCCCCGCCGCAUCCUCGCAUUUCUUGUAAUAUGAACUUCCUGUCAUGGUUUCAAUAGACUUUUCUGGUUUAUAGUUC